AACAAUUAAAUUGAGAAAAAGAAGAUGCUUCAGCCCUCCCUCGAAGAUUCUUCCAGAAAUGAGCGGGUUACAGUCCAUUUAUAGUAAUGCUACUAAAUUCUAUCCAAAGGACUGGAAAAAUCUCCGGUUAAACUCGAGGUUCCUUACAUCUAAGGUCAUUGAAAAAGAGCGAGAUCAUAAUAAAAAGGUUGAAAAGAAGCUGAUAUGGCUAAUAAACGAAAGGACAGAUUGCCAUCUGAAUAUCAGAGAUGAUAGGUUAUUCUCCUUUUCUCCUCAAAGACAGUUAUACAAGAGCUCCUUUCUCCCUAUAAAUACGGAUCAAGAUCCUACUACUUCUUCCUGGGAGAAAGCCCAGCUUUGCCAAAGUGUUAAGAUGGUAAACACUAUUCAAAAUGUUCAGAAAUUAAUUGAGAAAAGAUGUAGAGAGAAAGUGAGAAGGGCCAGACUUAUUAAAAUUCAGAACAGACUGGUUAAAAAAUUACCUAAAAUUUCACAAGGGUUAAAGCAGUAAUUAUAAAUAAAAAAUUCUUU